AUGGGAAUCGAGGCUGAUACCGACAAGCCGCACUCGCAUCAUGCGAUCGCAAAGGAUAUCCCCGAGGAUAAGAAUAGCGAACAAGUCCCUAAGCACGAUGAGCUGAGGAACAAGGCCGCUCCUGGUAUUCCCUACUUCACUCCCGCACAAGAGCCCGUCGCCGGAACAGCCCUUGGCAUGCUCGACGGCAGCUCCAAGAUCCCCAAGCUCUUCCAGCCCCUCAAGCUCCGAGGCAUGACGAUCCAGAACCGCCUCGCCCUCUCCCCUCUCUGCCAAUACUCCGCCGAAGACGGUCACCAGACAAACUGGCACCUCACACACUUGGGCGGCAUCAUCCAGCGCGGUCCCGGCCUGACGUUCGUCGAGGCCACCGCCGUACAAGCCGAAGGAAGGAUCACACCCGAAGACUGCGGUCUCUGGAAAGACUCGCAAAAGGAGCCUCUCCGCAAGAUCGUAGAAUUUGCGCACUCUCAAGGCCAAAAGAUCGGCAUCCAACUCGCACACGCUGGCCGCAAAGCCAGCACCGUCGCCCCGUGGCUCAGCAAAGGCGACAUCGCAACGAAGGAACUAAACGGCUGGCCCGACAACGUGUAUGCGCCCUCCGCCAUCGCCUUCAACGACAAGCACUGCACACCCAAGGAGAUGACAAAACAAGACAUCGAAGCCUUCAAGCAAGCCUUCGUCGACGCCGUCAAGCGCGCCGUAGACAUCGGUUUCGACACCAUCGAAAUCCACAACGCGCACGGCUACCUGCUGCACACCUUCCUCUCCCCCGCCUCUAACCACCGCACAGACGAAUACGGCGGCUCUUUCGAGAACCGCACGCGCCUCACCCUUGAACUCGUCGAUCUCACCCGCAAGACGAUCCCGAAAGAUAUGCCGCUCGUCCUGCGUAUCAGUGCCACAGACUGGCUUGACGAAGCCGGCAUCGAGGGCUGGACCGUCGACCAGACCGUCAAACUCGCUGAGAUACUCGCCGAUCGCGGCGUAGACUUGCUCGACGUUUCAUCCGGUGGUCUCCACGAGAAACAGCAUAUCCACGGUGGACCCGGGUACCAAGAGCCGUUUGCCAAGGCAGUCAAGGACAAGGUGGGAGACAAGAUGGCGGUCGGCACCGUGGGUAGUAUCACCGAUGGCAAGCAAGCGAACGGGUAUCUGGAGAACGAUAACCUCGACGUUGCUUUCAUCGGGCGCAUGUUUCAGAAGAACCCUGGUUUCGUCUGGCAGUGCGCUGAUGACCUUGGUGUUGAGGGUAGAUGGGCAAAUCAGAUCCGAUGGGGUUUCGGAGGCCGUGGCAAGAAGUAA